CUCUAUUCACUUGAGCAUAUUUACUGACGUUGCAGGUGAAUUCAUGCAGCUGGGCUCCAAAGAGAACGAGAAGGAGAGAUUCAAACACUACCUCGACAAGACGUUUAAGAAGACUGCCAGUCUCAUCGCCAACAGUUGUAAAGCUGUAUCCAUUCUAGUGAACUCCGAUCCAGAGGUUCAUGAAAUAGCCUUUCAGUAUGGGAGGAACGUUGGCAUCGCCUUCCAGCUGGUGGAUGAUGUGCUUGACUUCACAGCGUGUGCCAGCCAACUAGGAAAGCCUUCAGCUACAGACCUCAAGCUGGGUCUGGCCACCGGACCCGUCCUGUUUGCCUGCCAACAGUUUCCUGAGCUGCAUGGUAUGAUCAUGAGGCGGUUCAGCUCCAGUGGAGAUGUCGCUCGUGCCUGGCAGUAUGUCCAGGAGAGUGAGGGUGUGGAUCAGACCAACUACCUGGCCCAGCACUACUGCCAAGAGGCGAUCCGGCAGAUCAGCUUGCUCAGGCCCUCUCUGGAGCGGGACGCCCUUAUCAGGCUCACCCAGAUGGUCCUUACCCGUGACAAGUGAGCCCCCACUUGUCACUUCAGGCAGCUACUUGUACCUGUGGAAGGCCUCCGCAUGGGGGUGGGGUGGGAGGGGGGUGAUGGGUGGUUGUUUCAUCAGGGAUAUUCACAGUGGGUCCUGAUGGAGCAGUGCUUCUGCAGUUUUUUUGGGGUUUGUUUUUGUUGUUAACUAAGAUAAAGGUGGAACUAAACUGUGCAUACACAGGUUCUUCAGGACUGAGUUCUGAGAUGCACAGCUUCACAUUACCUAUGUCUUCUUCCUUUCCUCUGGGGAAAACACUGAAGGGGUCACAGAACAAAGAAUGUUAUUGACGUCAGGGGUUUUCAAUGCCGACCCUGCAGGAACCUCCUCCCUCCCUGCCUGAGAAAAGGUUUCUGAACCAACCCCCACCUUUUCUUCAAAGGGAUUUAUAAUGGCAUGUCAGUGAGGAUUUGACACAGACCAUCCAAGAUCAUUGUUUUAAAAAAUAAUAAUAAUAAUCACUGAAUUAUUAAAUGUUCUGUGUACUGUAACUGCACUCUCCCCCCCCCCCCCACAUUGAACUGGCAGAUUGUAUUUGGUCAUCAACGGUUGUUGACAUUUUGGUCUCAAGGUUUGGGACGGAAUGUCCACUGCAGAAUCAUUUUAAUUCCACGAUGAGACCGAAGAUGUUGUAUCAUUGUGUGUGUGUGAAGACAUUGCUCGACGAUCCGUCCAUACCGCACAAAUGCCAAACUUUUGUCAUGGUGACUCGUACCAAUUUAGAGAUGCUUCCUGUAUCGAGGCCUUAACAUCCACAAUCACUGUACUCAAAUUAAAACACGUUUAUUUAUUUUUGAA